AUGCUGUUCCUGCCGGCGUCAAAAAGAAUUGGAAAGCAGCGAACCCAGGAGUGGGCUGAUAUGCUGUUGGAAAAGGAUGGAGGAGGGGAGCCGGAAAGAGAGCGAAAUGUGGACUCUACGGGGAUGUUAUCGAAGCAAUUUGAUAACUGCGGCGUCACAGUGAUAACAACUGAAGAGCCGAGACUCUGCGGUGAGUCUGACGUAAUCAUUGUUUUCUGA